AUAAGGGAAUAUGAAGUUAUAAAUGGGUUUCUACUGCAAGGAAGUAGAGCUAAUAGAGCGCUCAUCUUUUAGUCCCUUCAAUUCGCCGACUGCCGUGCAAAUGGCCAAGGAGCAUGUGGAACGGGACUAUGCAGUCGUGGGAAGCUGGGAGGACACGAACAUUACAUUGACCGUCCUCGAGCGCUAUAUCCCGCGAUUCUUUCGCGGCGCCAAGCUGAUGUACGAGAUGAACAAUAACAAGAUCGUCAAUCGGAACAAGAACAAACGAAAGCCGUUCAUAGAGCCCGAGGUGAAGGCUAUGAUACGCAGGAAUUUCACGAAUGAGUACGAGUUCUAUUACUUCUGCAAGCAGCGUCUGUACAAGCAGUACUUGGCCCUCAACCUCAACGAACUGGAAAGGCAUGGUCUUCUGAAUUAGUUGAGAGAAUUAACUGCGAGGCUAGACUAGACGUUAGCUGGUGAUAUACAAAUACUUUCGAACAAAUUUCCACUUAAAUAAACAGUAGAUACUAUAGACUA